CACGAGAUCAGGACCUGAGCCAAAGUCAGAUGCUCAACUGACUGAGCCACCCACGUGCCCCAGGCAUGUGCUCUUAAUGUUGUUCCGGAAAAGGAAUUAGCAUUUUCAAGGAAUAAAACUCUCAGAAAGUUCCAGAUGAAAAAUUUCCUACCAUGAUUCCAGCCAUCUUCUAGCCCUCCUACCGGACAUGAGGCUGUGCCAAACAGAUGACCCAUGCAGGGGCAGAUGCAUUUAGGAAAGGAAAACACGUUACUUCCAAAGCAUGCAGGGAGUCAGACUUUGAAAAGACUGGCUUGUAAGACACAAAAACCUAACAAAUACUCAAAGGGUAAAACUGUAAGCCAGCAAGAAUGUAAGGUUGUAUUAUUCUCUGUAUAGUGGAAAACAACAUUCUUACAUGAUUAUUAUAUUUUCAAAGAUCAUGACACAUCUUCAGACGUCAGCAUAGCAAAAAUAAACAAAAAAUACAUUCUUUUGGGCAUCCAUAAACCAGUCAGGCUGAUCUGUUUUGGUUUAACUCAGGGUGCAAAGUGGUCCCCCCUUCUUACUGUGGCAUUGUGAGUUGCUUAAUCAUUGGAAGAAAGGCAAACUGUCAGUUUUAUGUUUCUGCAGGAGAUGUAAUAUGGGUUGUGUGUGUGUGUGUGUGUGUGUGUGUGUGUGUGUUGGGAGAGGGGAAGAUAAAUACCCUACUGCUCUUUAUGCUACUUUUCAUUCUCCUGUCAGUAGCUUUCAUCAGCCAAACCCAACCAGAAACCACAGGAGGAGGGUGACUGACUAAUGCAGUCCUUAGUGACUAGCCUCCCAUGGGGCAGAGCAGGGUGGAGAGUCGAUCUGGGGAGCAGACCUAGAAUAGCCAGGAAAACCUUCCUUUUGCAAAUCACUAAGAGGAAGAGUAAUCUCUAAAAUGAUGGAAAUGGAAAAGCAGAAAAGUGGAAAAAAGAUGGAAAAGUGUCUAGAGAGGUAGGAAGGGAGUCUGGGCAGAAUAGCAUUACAGAGGCUAUGGGUGGGAAAUUUCAAGGAGUAGGGAGUAGCUGGCAGCUUCAAGUCCAAAGUAGCUGUUGGAUUCAAUGACUUGGAAGUCAUUGGUGAACUUCAUUAGAGUGGUUUCAGGUAGUAAGAUGGAAACUGGGUUGCCUGGGCUAAAGAGUAGGAAAUAGUCAUGAUGGGAAGGAGCUAGGGAACCAUUAGAGGGUGAUGUCAGAUGGAGGGAAUGUGUUAUGGAUGUGUUAUAGAUCCUAUGUUGUAGAUCCAGCACUAGUGACAAUUGCUUCCAAGUAGCUUCUGUAAUUUUUUUUCUGGGAGGCUGGGUCAUCCACUGCUAGUGAGGAAGGAGGUAGCAGAAGAGGAGACUUGAAGAGACCAGGGAAAUUUGCACUAGUUUUGGAGGGGACCAGAAGAAGGAGCUCUUUAGAGGAUGGGGGUCAGUACUGGGUUGAUAAUGCCCCUUUGUUGUGGCCCCACUCAGCAGGAUUUUGUAAUCUUUAGUCGUGGUCGACCUGGAAUAGGUAUGUUGGAUAUUACAGAAGGUAACAACAGGGUUGACAAAAGGCCAAGGAGCCAUGGAUGGGGAUAAUAUUGGCAAAAGCUAAUGGAAGGUAUGAACCAUAGGUCUUGGUUUGGUGAGGAAGGGAGUAAAGCCCAAAGGAGGCUUAUUUGGGGGAACUGGAGGCAUCAAAGUGGUCUUGAAGAGGGAGAAGAAGAGAAGUGUUCCUGAUUAUUGCUCACACUCAUGGAGAGUUCACUAGGGGCCAGACACAUUUACUUCUCACAACAAUCCUAAGAGUUCUGUCCUAUUGUCAUCUUUAUAGAUAUAGAAAUUGAAGCAGAAAGCUUCAUCAAGUUGCUCUAGGUCAUACUCCUGGUCAAUGGCAGAUCAGGGAUUAGAACCUAGAUGGUCCAAACCCAGAGGCUGCACUGUUGAGAACCAGGCAAGGGAUGAGGGCACAGAGGAAUUUGUGGUCUGAGUAUGGUACUGUGUGAUUUAAGAUUUCAGUGCUGACUUGAACAGAUACUUACACACCUAUGUUUACGGCAGCAUUGUUCACAAUAGACAAAAGGUGGAAACAAUCCAAGUGUCUGUGAACAGAUGAAUGGAUGAGCAAAAUGUGGUAUUUACACACAAUGGUAUACUAUUCAGCCGUAAAAAAUAAAGGAAAUUUGACAUGUGCGACCACAUGGCUGGACCUUGAAAGCAUUAUGCUGAGUGAAAUAAUCCAGACACAGAAGGACAAAUACCAUAUGAUUCCACUUGUAUGAGGUUCCUAGAAUGGGCAAACUCAUAGAGACAGAAAUCAGGGUAGAAGUGACUGGAGUUUGGGAGGAUGACAUAUGGGGAGUUAUUGUUUAAUGGGUACAGAGUUUUUGUUGGGAUGAUUUAAAAAAGUUUGGUUAUGGAUAGAGGUGAUGUUUACCCAACAUGGUGGAUGUAUUUAAUGCCCCUGAAUCAUAUACUUACGUGAGGCUAAACUUAGAAAUAUUAUGCAUGUAUAUUUUACCACAAUUAAAAAAAAUAUUUCUGUGGUGAACUACUUCUGGGUGAUUACAACAAGAAGUCUGAUUUAAAAGCAAGUUGAUGAGUUUAGGCAGGAGGUGAAGACCUUUGGGGUUGAGGAGAUCAAGGAAGGGAGAGGCCAAGGAUUGAAUGGGUCACCCGGCAGGAGCUCUGCGUCCUGCCUUCAUUCUCUCCUCAGGGGGGCAGCACCGCGCCAUCCACAGGCCCAGCUUGUUGACUACAUGGAGGGUACAAAUCAGACUGGGAUGAUUCACUUCCACUUCCGCCCCUUCUCCAAACUCCCCGAGGUGCAGAUGCUGAUUUUCGUGGCCUUCCUCGUCAUGUACCUGGUCAGCAUCGGCGGCAACGGCUCCAUUUCUCUCAUCAUCUGGAGCAACCAUUCUUUGCACACCCCCAUGUACUUCUUCCUGGCCAGCUUGGCAGCUCUGGAGAUCUGCUACUCUUCCACCAUUGCCCCUCUGACUCUGGCCAGCGUCCUGUCCGCAGAGAGAGCCCUCAUCUCCCUGCCUGGCUGUGGUGCCCAGAUGUUCUUCUUCAUCUUCCUGGGCAGCGCUGACUGCAUUCUACUAGCUGUCAUGGCCUAUGACAGGUUUGUGGCCAUCUGCCACCCUUUGCGUUACACCCUCAUGAUGAGCUGGCGGUUGUGCGUCCAGCUGGCCCUGGGGUCUCUGGCGCUGGGGUUCAUCUUGGCCAUGCAGCUGACUGUGCUCAUCUUCCGCCUCCCCUUCUGCCGCAGCCAAGAAAUCAGCCUGUUCUACUGCGAUGUCCUCCCUGUCAUGAGACUGGCCUGUGCAGAUACGUGGGUCCAUGAGGCCACCCUGUUGGUGGUCAGCCUCACCGUCCUCACCAUCCCCUUCCUGCUUAUCGCCCUCUCCUACGUUUUCAUCAUGGCCGCCAUCCUGAAGAUCCGCUCGGCAGAGGGGAGGCACAAGGCCUUCUCCACCUGCUCCUCCCACCUGACUGUGGUCCUGCUCCAGUACGGAUGUGGAAGCCUCAUCUACUUGUGCCCCAGCUCCAGGUACUCUCCAGAGAGAGGCCAGGUAGUGUCUGUGGUUUAUACCUUCAUCACCCCUGUGCUGAACCCCUUGAUCUACAGCAUGAGAAACAGAGAGCUUAUGGAUGCUUUGAAGAGAACAAUGAUGAGGUUCCUGUUGUCCUGAACACGGUGAACGCUCUGGAUGUUCCUCUACAACACUGCUGGGAAGACACAAAUGAGUAUGCCUUCUGAAAGACAAGGAGAUGGGGGCUAAGAGGUCACCGGUUUUAUGCUGUUCCUUCUUCUCGGUUAUAUUAUUUUUGAAAAGUCAUUUUUCUUUCCUCAGCCUCAGAUCCUUCAUCUCUAAAAUGGGGAUUAAAAUGUCCCACCCGACUUAAAUUCUGGGGUGGUUUUGUAUGUAAUGAGAUACAUGACGUGAAACUACUUAGUGGCUUUUAAAGGGAGAUAUGGCAGGAAUGUCGUUCUUACUUACGGUCACCACUACACGUAAAGUCGGUGUCCAGUUCUCGGGCUCUUUGCAGGCCCACAGGUUGCUCAUGUGGGCGGGGGUAGCGGGGGUAGAGCCAAGGAAAGGAUGCACAUCCGCCUGGGAACAUCGGAGCCACUUUCUCCUUAUGGCAGCAGUGCGAAUGCCGAGUUUGUGCCUUGUUGAAUUCCCUUUCAUCCUCAGUUCUCUUCCAGGGAAAGGUGACGGGGAAAGCGCUGGAGUUUAAACGCUCUAUUUCCUUACCUUUACACCCAGAGCGAAUCUGUCUCCAUCUCAGUCUCUGACUCUGUAUUAGCUCUUAGUCUGCAUCUAACUCACUCUCCCCAUGCCCACAGGGGCUCCUCCCGCUGUGGGUUUCAGACAACACACAUACACACACUCACACUCACAUAUCGCACAUUUCUAUCUGUCCCUGGCUUCUAUGGUCUGAAUAUUUGUGUUCCCCGCCCCCCACACCCAGCCCCAACACCACCCACCUCAUGAACAAGAUUAUAUAUUU